AGAUGGAGAUACAGGCAAUGCAUCAAAAUUUGCACUGGGAGCCCAAUUCCGUGGACCAACCUAACAACUACAUGUCUGACGAUGAUGAUUUUGAAAGCGGAAAUAGCACGGCUAAGCUAUAUGAGCGUUCUCGCAUUAAGGCGCUCGCAGAUGAACGUGAAAUUGUUCAAAAGAAAACUUUCACAAAGUGGGUUAACUCACAUUUAGCGGUUGUGAAUCAGCGAGUGGAAGAUCUUUAUCUCGAUCUUCGCGACGGUAAACACUUGCUUAAGCUGCUUGAAAUCCUUUCUGGAGAGCGGCUUCCCAAGCCUACUCGUGGCAAAAUGCGAAUUCAUUGUUUAGAGAACGUUGAUAAGUCGCUUAACUUCCUCUGUGACCAGCAUGUUCACUUGGAAAAUGUUGGUGCACAUGAUAUCGUUGAUGGAAAUCAGCGUUUAACCCUCGGUCUGAUCUGGACUAUAAUUUUACGUUUCCAGAUUCAAGACAUUAUUGUUGAAGAAUAUCAGACAAGCGAGACUAAGUGUGCAAAGGACGCUCUUUUGUUGUGGUGUCAAAUGAAAACAGCAGGGUAUAAUAAUGUUAACGUGCGAAAUUUCUCAACCUCCUGGCGCGAUGGUCUCGCAUUUAAUGCUCUUAUUCACAAACACCGCCCUGACCUUAUCGAAUAUCAGAAGUUAACUAAGGCCAACCCUAUGCAAAAUUUACAAAAUGCUUUUACUGUCGCGCAUGAUAAGCUUGGUGUACCUCCUCUCUUGGAGGCAAGCGAUGUGUGCGUAGAGCAACCUGAUGAAAAGUCAAUCAUUACGUAUGUGGCUGCCUUCUACCACUGUUUCAAUAAAAUGAAGGCAGAUACUGUACACUCCAAGCGUAUUGGAAAGGUUGUAAAUCAGGCAUUGGAAUCAUCUCAAUUGCUUGACAAGUACGAACAGUCGACAUCUGAUCUUCUUAAUUGGAUCCAGAAAACAAUUGAGCUGUUAAAUGAUCGUGUUUUCGCCAACUCACUGACCGACGUCCAGCACCAGUUGGCAGGAUUCAACACUUACCGCACUGUUGACAAACCGCCCAAGUUCGUUGAAAAGGGCGAUCUUGAAGUCCUUCUUUUUACUCUUCAGAGCAAAAUGAGGGCUAAUAAUCACAAGGUUUAUGUUCCACCCGAAGGGAAACGAAUUGCCGAUAUUAAUCGCGCCUGGGAGAAUCUGGAAAAAGCUGAGCAUGCUCGCGAGUUGGCAUUGCGCGACGAAUUGAUCCGACAGGAGAAACUUGCUCAACUUGCCACCCGAUUUGAUCGGAAGGCGGGUAUGCGUGAGGCCUGGCUUUCAGAAAACCAGCGUCUUGUUGCGCAGUAUAACUUUGGGUCUGAUCUUGCAACUGUUGAAGCGGCCACCAAGAAACACGAAGCCAUUGAAACGGAUAUUUCAGCGUAUGCUGAACGCGUUAAUGCCGUAGUCAGUGUGGCGGAGGAACUACAGCUGGAAAACUACUAUGAUAACGAUCGAAUUCAGAUGCGACGUGAGAAUGUUCUCCAGCUAUGGACAAAUCUUCUUGAAUUGCUUCGUAAGCGUCGCAGCUGCUUGAACCUAAGCCUACAAUUACAACGUGUAUUCCAAGAAAUUUCUUACCUGCAGGAUUGGAUUGAUGAAAUCGGAAGUCGACUUAAGUCGGAGGAUUACGGAAAGCAUCUCAUGGGCGUUGAUGAUCUGUUACAGAAACACAAGCUUUUAGAGGCCGACAUCCACGUUCUUCAUGAUCGGCUAAAUCAGGUUUUGGACCAGGCCAAGAUUUUCAUAGAUUGUAACUUCCCUGAAAGCGUGGAGGGCUAUCGUCCUGCUGAACCGGAGCUUGUUAAAAAGCGAGGCGAAGAUUUGCGUGCGGCUUACGAGGAAUUGUGUCGGUUGGCUGAUGCCAGGCGUCAUGGUCUUGAGGACUCUCAUAAGAUGUGGCAGUUCUUCUGGGAUAUGGACGACGAGAAGGAGUGGAUUAAGGAGAAGAGUCAGCUCAUGUCUAGCCCCGAUUUGGGUCAUGAUCUCAGCUCAGUCGAGCGUCUCCUUCGCAAGCAUCGGGCUUUGGAAGAAGAGUGUAAGAUUCGUCAAAAUGUCUUCUAUAACGCCAUUAGUGCUGGCAACCAACUCAUUGAAGAGAACAACCGUGGUAAGGAGGAUAUUAAACUGCGAAUCGACGAGAUGCAUAAGCUCUGGGAUCAGUUAGCUGAUUCAACCGUGGAUCGUAAGAAGCGCCUGCUGGAGUCUCAGAAGUUUUUCCAGUUAAUAGCCGACUGUGAUGAUGCUAAUGCUUGGCUUCUUGAUCAGCAACGCAUCGCCAGUAACGAGGAUGUUGGCUUAAAGAUGUCCACCACGGAAUCGCUAAUAAAAAUAAAUCAGGAACUUAUGGAAAACCUUGAACAAUAUCGUGAAUCUAUUAAGAACCUACACGACACCGCUGCGGAGGUCUCGGAGUACCCAGAUUGUGAUUCUGCCAUUAUCACCUCCCACCUCAAUACCGUGGACGAAAAUUAUGCCAAAGCUGUUGAGAUGGCAAAGCAAAGGCAACAGCGCCUCCUGGAUGCGCUGUCUAUGUACAAGUUGUUCGAUGUUUCUGACACAGUUCGUACUUGGAUCACUGAAAAGAGGAAACUUCUUACAACCCUUUGUCCUUCAGAUGAAAUUGAGGAGCUUGGUGUUAUCCGCCACAGAUUCGAGUGCUUUGAGAAAGAGAUGACGAAGAAUGCGGAAAAAGUUGGGUCCGUCAACAAGCUUUCCGAAAACCUAAUUGGAACCGAUCAUCCUGACGCACAGCAAAUCAUCAUCCGUCAGGAUACACUCAAUACUACAUGGAAUGAUCUGGCUGAUCUUGUAGAGAAGCAGAAGGGCCAAUUAGAGACAGCCUACCAGUACAAUCAGUUCCUGAUUGAGUGUCAAGAGACGGCGAAUUGGAUAAAGGAGAAGGAACAGUUAAUUGAGUCCACCGAUGAACUUGGUAAUGAUUUGGAGGGCAUCAUGCAGCUUCAGCGUCGACUAAGCGGACUCCAGCGUGAUCUUCAAGCUAUACAGGCUAAAAUUGAUCAUCUGGAUGAACAGGCCGAUGUGUUGGAUGCAGCUAAGCCAGAGGCGUCGGAAGUAAUUUUAGCUGAGAGGAAGAAGAUUCAUGACUUGUGGAACGAACUGAAGGAAAUGUUGAAGGAACGUGAUGACCGUCUGAAUGACUCGAGUGAACUCCAGCGCUUCUUGCAGGAUCUUGACCAUUUCCAAGUUUGGCUCCGCAAGGCUCAAGUUACAGUUGCAUCCGAGGAUGUGCCGAACACUCUUCCAGAGGCAGAAAAACUUCUGCAAGAACAUGAACAGUUCAAGCCAGAAAUUGAUGGCUAUGAAGACGACUUCAGACGGCUUAUGGAGAUAGGUCGGAAAGUUGUGGAGAAUCAGACUGAUCCUCAAUAUCUCUUCCUCUCCGAACGUUUAGACGGUAUCGAGGAAAAUUGGGUUGCUCUGCACAAGAUGUACGAGGAUCGUGAUAAAGUUCUCAAACAGGAUGUGGAAGCUCAGGUUAUUUUCGUUACCUCCUCUUCGGCGGAUUCAAUUGUUUUUCUAUUUAAAACCAUUGUGGAUUAUGAGUGCUUCAAAAAUCGUUGUCAAUUUACUGUACCGGCUGUGGGGACUAUUGAUUCUUUGCUCAAUUCAUUCUUCAGGGACGCCACUCUUAUGGACAAACUCAUCAAUAAGCAGGAGGCACUCAUUACUAAGGAAGUUGCGCCUACUCCGGAGUCCGUUGAAGAGGCCCUGCGUAAUCUCAGCACAUUCCAGGCCGCGAUGCCCGCUAACGAUGAAAAAAUCUCUCAAGUUAUUGCUGUUGGUCGCGAUCUGGCAAGCCGUGGCGUGUUCCCCGUCGAGAAGCUCGUGGCUAAGUGUGAUCAGCUCGAGCAGAAGCGGCAAGCUGUCAAGGAGAAGGCUAUUGAGCGUGAGGCCAAGUUGGCACAACAGUCUAGACUUCAAGGAUUUGUGCAAGACGUCGAUGAUGUAAGCUCACUUGCCAUCGUGUCUUUUGAACAGUCUUUUUUCCUACCAUACCCGUCAAUUCAGUCGAACGACAACAUGACGUUUGACAGUGUGGUAGCCUAA